GCCUGAAGAUCAUGUGACUCCGGAUCCAGGCGCUUUGACAGCAGCGAGGGGAGCUGGGUCGGGACCCUCGCCGGCUGAAUUUUAGGCAGCUGUUUUCUUUCGCUGGAAUUUGGGAUCGGAGGUCGCUCCUGCUCCUCGCCGGAGGGUCGCUGGUUCAAUCCCAGUAACGGUCAGAAUAGUAUUUUCGGAGGACUGUUCGCGCAAACCUUGCAGUUAUCCGUCAGCCCGCGCUCACCGGAUUGUGAGGCGACGUCUCCUUCUCCGUGGCGACAUCCGCGGACUGGCGUGCCUCAAUAGUGGUGCGAACCUCAUCCCAACAAAGAUCAAUUAUUUUUACAGUUCCACUCCUCCGGUCCUCAGCCCUGCAACCCUCUGCCUCGCACAGGGAACGAGCCCUUAGGCUGCGCUGCCCGCAGGCGGGUCCCGAAGCUGGUGUUGUUGAGAUGGACCCUGUGACCUUCACAGACGUGGCCGUGAAUUUCACCAGGGAGGAGUGGGCCCUCCUGGACUCCAGGCAGAGAAUUCUCUAUAGAGACGUGAUGUUGGAAAACUGCAGGAACCUGGCCUCUCUGGAUUUGCUAACGCAACAUCAGACAAAAAACUCAACCCCUCAGCCGGACAUUCUUGCUAAAAAGACAACUGUUGAAGCAAAGAGAGUAUGCACCGUGAGCCAUGCUUCCCGGCUGUCCCUAUUGGGAGAAGACUGGAAAUGCCACAAAACAGACGAACCACUCACACAAAGGGAACAAAAGUUGAAGCGAGUUGCCACUGUACAUGAAAAAGAUGAGUCUCCGGUUAGAAUCCAUGACUCUCAUGAUAUGAGGGACGACUCUCUGCCUCGCUCAUGGAGAGAUUCUACAGGAAACCGUAUCCAGAAACAUGGCUCAAACAUUCUGAAACAAAAUCCUGCCCUAACCAGUCAUCAAAAGAUCUACAGAAACAACAAAAAUGAUACAGUCUUGCAGCAUGUUGAGACGACCCCAUUUGUAGGACAUCAAAUGGAGCCAGAGUCCAAAAUAUGGACUGACCGUCAGAACAAUGUGCUUCAGACACAUAAUAAUAUCUGCAGGGGGGUGGACUUCCAUGAAUGGGAUCCAUUUGGAAAAACCUUUGAGGAAGACAUUUCCCUUAGGUUAUGCAAGACUCCCAUGAAAGAGAAGACUUACGAGUCUAAUCCAUGUGAAAUCACCUUCCAGAAUCGCUCGACCCAUGAUGUGCAGAGGCAACCCGAUACAGCAGAGGCAAAUCAUGAGAAGAAUCAAGGUGAGAAAACCUCUGUCCACAUUGCAAAUUCUGACUCACACAGGAAGACUAAGACCAGAGAGGGGAGAUAUAUAUGUCAAGAUUGUAGGAAAAGCUACGUGUAUCUGUCAUUCCUUAUGAAACACAUGGAAAUUCACACCGGAGAGAAACCUUAUGAAUGCAAGACCUGUGGGAAAGCCUUUAGAUAUACCUUACACCUUGACAAACACUUAAAAAAGCACAUUGGGAAGAAACCCUAUAAAUGUGAGGAAUGUGGGAAAGACUUCACCAAUUCUCACAGAUUUAAAAGCCAUCUGAAAACUCACCGUUGAGGGAUGCCUGGUCAGCUCAAUGGGGAGAGCGUGCGUCUCUUGAUCUCGGGGUUGUGAGUCUGAGCCCCACAUCGGGCGUAGAGAUUGUUUAAAUAAAUAAAUGAGCUUUAAAAAUAAAUAGAUAAAAAUAAAAAUUCACAGUUGAGGGAUCCUGUGAAUGAAAGGAAUGUGAGAAAAGCUUCAUUAAUUUUCUCAAAAUACCAAGCACAUAAGGACAUGUUAAGGGAACUCAAGUCUUCCCUGAAGGAUGAAAAUGUGAGAAUUCACACAUUUACAUAUUCACAUCUUGUGAAGGUAAGGUUUAGAAAGAUUUUAUACCUUCUAGCUUUAUGACUUCUUCAUUUUUUAUUAACUAG